CAUCUGGCAACCUACGUCGCUCAAUUCGUUGGUUUUUCUACGGAGGAUCCGUCUAAACCACCUUCCUCGUAGCCAUCGAAUCAUCAGGUAGCCGUCGAUCCUGAGACUCCACAUCAUGGACCCUUGGACUCCAAGCUCCUGGGCUUCGAAACCCAUCAAGCAGGAUGUACCGUACAAUGAUGCUACAGGUGUUCAAGCCGCUCUGGACAAGUUACAGAAAUUGCCUCCCUUGGUCACUACGCAAGAGAUCACCAACUUGAAGAAGAACUUGAAAAAUGUGGCAUUGGGAAAGGCCUUCGUACUCCAAGGAGGAGAUUGUGCGGAGCUGUUUGACUACUGCAAUCAAGACAUGAUUGAGGCUAAAGUUAAGCUGCUUUUGCAGAUGAGCUUGGUUUUAAUUUGGGGUGCCAAUAAGCCCGUCGUCCGUAUUGCGCGGAUAGCAGGGCAAUUUGCCAAGCCGCGGUCGAGUCCGAUGGAAGUUGUCAACGGCGUUGAGAUGCCCUCAUUCCGUGGAGACAACAUCAAUGGCUUCGAGGCCACGCCGGAAUCCCGCAAGCCAGACCCAUCACGGCUGGUCUCCGCAUACUUCCACUCUGCCGCCACACUCAACUACCUGCGCGCAUCGCUAACCUCUGGUCUGGCCGAUCUACACUCCCCACUGGACUGGGGACUCGGCCAUGUCAUCACCCCGACCAUCAAGGAGAAAUACGAGCGCAUCGUCAACCGGGUCAAGGACGCGCUGCGGUUCAUGCAGACCGUGGGGAUCGACACCGACCGCGGUGUAGAAACCGUCGACAUCUACACAAGUCACGAAGGU